AACAAAGACCGCUUGAUGUUCAGUCGUGACUGUUGAUUCAGAUCGAUUAUAUCAUGGAAAGAUCGAUUCAUCUGCUGCUGUUCUUAGGACUUUGUCUGUUCACCCAGAGCAUCUCAUGUCAGUAUGGGUAUAUUAUGAUCCAGCAGAUGAAGACCUGGUAUGAUGCACAAGCUUACUGCAGACAGAAUCACAUUGAUCUGGCCAUUGUUGAGAAUGAUGAAGACUGGACACGUCUACAAGCAAUAGCGCCAAACAAUAUGAGUUCAGUGGCCUGGAUUGGACUGUACAAUGACAUUAAUAGCUGGCGGUGGUCUUAUGAAAAUGAAAAUGUUGAAUUCUUCAACUGGUAUAGUGCACAACCAGACAAUCUCAAUGGAAAACAGGAAUGUGUUAGUUUAUCAAGUGUGUUUGGAUGGCAUGAUAAGGAUUGCACAACGUUAUUUCCCCUUUUUUGCUUUGAUGAAACUCAAACAGGAGCAAACAGAUUUGUUUUAAUCGCCAACGUGAUGACCUGGCGUGAAGCUCAGAUCCACUGCAGACGACAUUUCACAGACCUGGCAAUCAUUCGGACUCAAACUGAGAAUAACCUGCUAACAACAAUGAUGCAAGCAAGUGGGAUUUCUACAGCAUGGAUUGGUCUGUUUAGGGACUCGUGGAAGUGGUCAGAUGGAUCAGAUCGAUCAGAUGGAUCAGAUCGAUCAGAUCGAUCGUAUGGAUCAGAUGGAUCAGAUGUCUCCAUUAACUGGAAAUCUGGAUACCCUAACAUUACAGGGAUGAAGCCACCUUGUGGUGCUGCAGAUUCCAACGGUCUGAUAGUAGAUCAACUUUGUGCAACAACCUUUCCUUUCAUCUGCAUGCAAACGGAGUUAAGGAAAGAGAUCGUGAGAGUGGAGUUCAAAUUUGGCGACAAUCUGAUUGACCCUGAAGUGUUGGAGAGCACCUUUCUGUUGAUAAAGCAGAAACUGAGGAAUCGUGGGAUAAAGAUCACAGGAUUGACAUGGAGAGUGCAACCAGCUGGAAAUAUUUUCUCACCAAAAUAUAACCCAGCAACCAAGGAAAAAUUGCAUUGUUAAUGUGUCAACACUAAUUACAACGAAUCAGCGAAUAUUGUAGAAAAAUGUUGAAAUGUCAGCAAAAUGCUAACUGUAAUGGCACAUGGUACAAUGUUUUGUUGUUUCAACUUCAUGUGUUCACUCCCAACAAAUAAAACACAAAUUAAAUGAAUAUGGCACAGUUUAAAAUCAACAUUAAAUCUCUCAAGAUCUCACAAGAGGAGGAUUAAAUAACUCCAUAUAGUAAAUGAAAAUGUAGCUGAAACAUAAAUAUAUUGCUGGGGAAAAAGCAUAGAGUGAUGGAUUAUUUAAGAGACCCCUAUUAGGAAACUUGUUAUUAUUUUUGACAUACUGGUGAAUUCCUACUAACAAAAUGCAAAUAAUAAGUGUUAACUAAUCAUUCUCAAUGAGAGCUUUUCUUAACAUAACAUAAAUAAGUGAAGAUGUAAUGGUGUUUAAUCUUCAGAGAUCUUAAGUGAAUUAAUGUUCAUGUAAUGUUAUUUGCAGUUGAUGUUUAACUAAAGCUUACCUGUCAGUCAGCUGUAGUUGUGUUUCUGCCGUUAACUUUCUUUUUUCAUCUUUCCUUCAGUAAAAUACAAUAAACUAAGAGCCACUGCACAGUUUAGACCUGACUUAACUCAGACAAAAUAAGUCAAGUUGAGUGAAUAAAUCUCUUUAAGAAUGUAGAUAAUAAUAUUAGCGUACAUUUAAUGUCACUGUUAUCAUCUGUGUGCACU